AUGUCUUCGGUCCCCGAUUCAAGUCCAUAUGCAUUCGAUGCGCUUCUCGAAACCGUCUCCAGCAGUCGUCGAGAUCGAAAACGCAGUUUACCACAGUCAAGUGACGAUGAGGAAUCUGGCAAGAAGCGUAGCAAACUUUCACCUUCCACUGAUGAACAUCAUGGUAUGAAAAAGACGCCAUCACUUCGCCAGCUAGACUUGCCAGAGUUUAAUCUGACAUCUGCAAGCCGUCCGAGUCCAGAUUCCAUUUCGCGACGGAGUCGAGAACCUACAGAAGAUGAAAAUCCCAAUGAGUGGCAUACGAUCGAGAAUGGACGUACCAAGAAACAGAGCAAGAAAAUACCGAAGAAGGAUUCUUCCAACUACCCCAGGCUAGAAUUUUCGAAAAGUUCGCGACUGCAAUCUCAGAUCAAAAUCAGCGAUAUACAGGGCUUGGUGUUAUACAUACUUGCAGAUGGAAAUGCGCCUCAGUUCAUAUCCGUGACGCAUCGGCCAAGUAUUCGAAAGGUGGUAGUCUUGAUGAUUCCUGGACUCGAGAAUUCCAUGUUCAACCCAAAAAAGGUUGAGAAUGAAACGGAAACUCGAGACCACAGAGGUAGGCAGAGCAAUUAUACUUCUCCCGACGAAUAUUAUCCACGGUCGCUCGACGAGGAGGAGCUAUCUGAGCCAUUGAAGCCACUCGCCAAGAUGUUUCCACUUGUAUGGCCAGUGAAGACGCCAGGUGACGACAAAAUGGGCAAGAUGCAUUCGCCAUUACAUGCAAUGCUUACCGCGCCGUUACCCAAGGAUAAGGAAGACAGGAAUAGGGAUAAUUCGAGAAAAGGAGCUCGUCCUGCAAAGACACCCCCCGGAUGGAAGAAUUCUCGCACCAGGGUCACAGAGUUCGUCCAUAGCCCUGAAGAGCUCUUGGAAAAUGAAUAUGUUGUUCAUCCUGCCUCUUACUCCACUCACUCUGAAAAGCAGUCAUGGGAAGUUUACCGUAAUGCUCACAACACCUCAACCAAACAUGGAUGGAUCGACACUGAAGUCCAGCAUUGGGAUGAUGGUGACGCUCCUGAGAAAGAUAUAGAAGCUGGAAGCCUUACAGCAGGUCGAGAAUUGCUUGCUAUGGACUGUGAAAUGUGUAUGACGGGCGACAAGGAAUUUUCUCUCACUCGUAUUUCCAUCGUGGGCUGGGAUGGCUCAGUAAUCUUGGACGAAUUGGUCAAACCGGAAAAGCCAAUCGUCAAUUAUCUGACACAAUACUCCGGAAUCACAGAAAAGAUGCUUGCUAAUGUGACCACUACUUUGGAGGAUAUCCAGAAGAAGCUGUCGAAGAUUUUACACCCACGGACAAUACUUAUUGGCCACUCUUUGAAUUCAGAUCUCAACGCGCUCAAAAUCACACAUCCUUACAUUCUGGACACCGCAAUUCUCUAUCCUCAUCCCCGUGGUCCACCUCUUAAGUCUUCGCUCAAAUGGUUGGCACAGAAAUACUUGAAUCGAGCAAUCCAGAAAGGUCACGGGACUACAGGCCCAGGAGCUGGUCAUGAUUCGAUUGAAGAUGCGAGAACAUGUCUCGACCUGGUAAAGCAAAAGUGUGAAAAGGGACCUCAGUGGGGUAGUAAUGACUUGCAAGGCGAGAAUAUUUUCAAGAGGGUGGCUAGAACUGGCGUCAGAUACAAGAAUCAAGGAGGCGCUGCAAUUCCAAGCAACGUAGGCGGCAAAUCCACUGCUGCUAUCGACUGGGGCGACCCAAAGAAAGGUCCAGGCUCAUCUGCAUCUUUUCAGAUUGGAUGUAAAGGUGAUGACGAUGUAGCAGAAGGUGUCUUGCGAGCAGUCAAAGGUGACCCGGACGGAAAGGAAAUUCCCGGUGGAGGAGUAGAUUUUGUGUGGGCACGACUUCGAGAAUUGGAAGCCAUCAAAGGAUGGUGGAAUGAAAACAAGCUAGUCACUAAUGACGCAGCCAGGACUACUGUCACAACUGCGAAUACCGCUGUUGGCGAGAAACCACCUGCAACGCAAAACCAGCCUGAAAGUGAUGGAACUACCCCUCCUAAAUCUAGCAAAUCGGUCUCCGAUGCGAUCACAGACCUUGUCAAACGUAUUCAGAAGAUAUAUGAUGGGUUACCGCCAUGCACCGCCUUCAUCGUGUACAGUGGUUCCGGUGAUCCCAGAGAAAUGAGCAGACUAUCGAACAUGCACGCCCAAUUCAAACGCGAAUACCGAACUAAAAAGUGGGACGAAUUGAGUGUUAAAUGGACCGAUACAGAAGAACAAGCCAUGAAAAGAGCCGCCAAGGAGGCGAGGGAAGGUGGCGUUGGGUUUAUGGUCAUUAAGUGA